UUCGUCCGGAAUCCCUUCGUCAUUGCGUCUUCUGCCCCUUGGCUUGCUCAUCACACCUUGAGCACGGCGCUUCCUUCCCAUACAUCAAUCUCAUAUCUUUCUUCCUUCUAUUUACCUGUCAGCUUACAGCAAUGGAACCUGUGGUACGGAAGCCCGAGGUGAGCUUCCAUGGUCCUCGCGACAUGCCCCUCAAGCAGCAGCGGGAGCCUUCCCGACUACGAGCUACACCCCAGGACGAGCUCCAUGAUCUGCUCUGCGUGGGAUUUGGUCCUGCAUCUCUAGCCAUUGCAAUUGCGUUGCACGAUGCCUUGGAUCCCUGCCUGAACAAGUCUACCUUGGGUUCCGUGUCGCAACCCAAGGUCUGCUUCCUCGAGCGGCAGAAGCAGUUCGCCUGGCACUCGGGCAUGCUGGUGCCUGGCUCCAGGAUGCAGAUCUCUUUCGUCAAGGACCUGGCGACUCUCCGUGAUCCCCGAAGCAGCUUCACUUUCCUCAACUACUUGCACCAGAAGGGUCGUCUGAUCCAUUUCACCAACCUGGGAACAUUCCUACCGGCUCGGUUGGAGUUUGAAGACUACAUGCGGUGGUGUGCGCAACAAUUCUCGGACGUCGUGUCUUAUGGGGAGGAUGUGGUAGAUGUGGUCCCCGGCAAGACUGACCCUACCAGCUCGGUUGUCGACUUUUUUACCGUGCGCUCUCGGAACAUUGAAACGGGAGAGAUCUCCACGAGAAGGGCGCGCAAGGUAGUGGUUGCACUUGGUGGCCGGGCAAAGUUGCCCCCGGGCCUACCUCAGGACCACAGGAUCAUGCACUCCUCCCAAUAUUGCACUCACCUGCCAAACCUGCUGAAGAAUGAGGGCGAAGCUUACAAUAUUGCCGUCCUUGGAAGCGGUCAGAGUGCUGCUGAGAUCUUCCAUGACCUGCAAAAGCGAUACCCCAAGUCGAAGACAACUUUGAUCAUGAGAGAUACGGCCAUGCGGCCCAGUGAUGACUCGCCUUUCGUCAAUGAAGUGUUCAACCCCGAAAGAGUCGACAAGUUCUACAAUCUCUCCGCCUCCGAGCGCCAGCGUUCUCUCAAGGCUGACAAGGCCACCAACUACAGCGUGGUACGUCUUGAGCUUAUCGAAGAGAUCUUCCACGAUAUGUAUGUCCAGAGGGUCAAGAACCCCGACGAGACGCAAUGGCAACAUCGUGUCCUCCCCGGGCGCAAGAUCACCCGGGUCGAACAUCAUGGACCUCAGAGUCGAAUGCGGAUUCACGUCAGAGCCGCCAAGGAUGGAGCGGACAGCCUUGUCGGCGAUGGCAAGGAGACGUUAGAGGUGGAUGCCUUGAUGGUGGCAACGGGUUAUUACCGCAACGCACACGAGCAGUUGCUGAGAAACGUGCAGCACCUGCGGCCAGCGGGCCAGGAGGAGUGGAACCCAAGUCGGGAUUACCGGGUUGAUAUGGAUACCAGUAAGGUCAGCGCGGAUGCUGGCAUCUGGCUUCAGGGCUGUAAUGAGAAGACCCACGGACUGAGUGACAGCCUUUUGUCGGUGCUGGCCGCCCGAGGUGGAGAGAUGGUGAACUCGAUCUUUGGAGAGCAGCUUGCGGGCGCAACGGUGCCGGCCAUGAAGUUUCGCGCUAUGCUGUAAAAUCUUCGUCGGAUCGGAAACCCGUGCAGGAUCCGCUUUCUAGGCGCAUGGUUGGCGCUAACGGGGACAGUUUCUUUUUCGUUUUCUUUUCUUACUAUUGCCCCGACAAAAGAAAGGGCCGGGAAAUGUGGGUGUCCCAGGUGCCAAAGGAGAAUAAUAAUUGGCAAGGAAGGAUCAUCUAUUUGUUGUUGGUCAUCAUUCUGUUUCACUACCUCUCCUACCCAGCUACCGCUACUACCGUUACAUACUACCCCUCCUCAUCAUGAUGCUUCGCAAUUAUGCAAUCCUCGAGCCAUAGA